AGCUACCACCACUGAAUAUCAACUGUCUAACUUCCAACCAUUCACCCACCGUUUUUCCUCUAACAGUCUCACUCCCAUCUCUAUCAAUCCUUACGAUCGAAUUCACGUUCACUGCAUUAUUGCAAUCCAAAUUUUCCUUUCGGAGCAAAGCACAAACACAUCAAGUGCUGAUUUUGUUCUCACUGGACCGAAUACAUUUCUUCCUCCCCCGUGAUGAAAAAUGCUGCAAGAAUUUGAUGAGACGGCUCCACAGAAGAAUUGACAUCACUCGAUCAUGGAAAACCAUGUUCUUGCAAGGUUUCGGAACAAAUUUUGGUUCCUCAUCUGUGUUUUGUUCGUUCUCUGGUAUUUCUUGCUCUAUGGAUUUGAUUGGUCUUCUCUCUCCGUCGUCUCUUUCGUUUCUCAAAAUGAACAAGAGAACUCCCUCCAAGCCCUGGCUUCAAAUUCCAUUUCCAGGUCUGGUGACACAAAGAAGCAGGAAGAUUUCGAUGAAUCCUUGGAUUCAGAUCCCAUUCCCGAGAGCCAAGAAAAUCCCGUUUCGAAUUCCUUUCCCGAGUCUAAUGUUACUGUGUUUUCUGAUGUGAAUCAUAAGCAAGAGAAUGUGACAGUAACGGAUCACGAGCGAAGAGCCACAGAGCAUGAUGGAAUUGAGGAUCUUGCGGCUCUGGAGAAGGAACUGGAACCGUUGUUACCAAAAGAAGAAGGAGAAGAACGAAAUGUUGUUGAGAAACCAAGAGCAGCACAGAAAUCAUGCGACGGUAGAUACAUCUACGUUCACGACAUCCCGAGUCGAUUCAACGAUGAUUAUAUAAAGCAAUGCGGGUUGAUGAACAAGUGGCAUGAUAUGUGCCAAUAUUUCGUCGAUGGAGGAUUGGGGCAACGCCUGGGGAAUCCUCGAAGGCUCUUCCAGCCUACGGGUUGGUAUGUGACUCACCAGUUCUCUCUGGAUGUCAUAUUCCACAGUAUUAUGAAGCAGUAUGAAUGCCUGACGAGUGAUUCAUCGAUGGCUAAUGCGAUCUACGUACCGUACUAUGCGGGUCUAGACGUUUCACGAUAUUUAUGGGAUUCUUACAGCUAUUCGGUGAAGGAUAGUGAUGCCCAUGAGUUGUUCAAGUGGCUGAGAGGAAAGCCGGAGUGGAAUGUGAUGGGAGGAAGGGAUCAUUUCUUGGUUGCUGGUCGAAUAACAUGGGAUUUCCGGAGGGCUAUCAAUGAUGACUCGGGGUGGGGCAACAACCUCAUGCUGCUGCCAGAGUCUCAGAACGUGACGAUGGUCACAAUUGAGUCGAGCCCUUGGGACCAGAACGACUUUGCAAUUCCUUACCCGACUUAUUUCCACCCAUCAAGCGAUGAACAAGUUUUUGCAUGGCAGAAUAAGAUGAGGAAACAGAAACGGAAGACUCUGUUUAGCUUUGCUGGUGCUCCUCGUCCCAACAUGGAGGACUCAAUCCGAGGAGAGAUCAUGGCCCAAUGCACUGCUGUGAGGCGAAAAUGCCGGAUGAUAGAAUGCAAGGACGAGAAGCAUAACUGCUUAAAACCGGUUAAUUUGAUGAGACUCUUUGAGAACUCGGUUUUCUGCUUGCAGCCUCCGGGGGAUUCGUUUACAAGGCGAUCAACGUUUGAUGCUAUUGUAGCUGGUUGUAUUCCGGUUUUCUUCAACCCUGGUUCUGCUUUUGUGCAAUACCUGUGGCAUCUGCCUAAGGAUUACGACUCAUAUUCCGUUCUCAUAUCAGAGGAGGAUGUGAAACAGAAAAAGGUGAACAUCGAAGGGGUGCUGUCUCGUAUCCCAAAAUCCAAAGUGUCAUCAAUGAGAGAAGAGGUGAUAAAGCUGAUCCCAAGUGUGAUCUACGCUGAUCCAAAGUCGAGACUGAAGAAACUAGAAGACGCGUUUGAUUUAGCAAUAAGAGGAAUUAUUGGGAGGAUAGAGUCAUUGAAAAAAGAAAUGAGAGAGGGAAGAAACUCGAGUGCUGAAUUUGAUCCAGAGAGCAGUUGGAAGUAUUAUACAUUUGGAACAACAGAAGCGCAUGAGUGGGAUCAUUACUUCAAGAGACCCAGAGGUAUCCACUAUUAGCAUCAAAGACUUGAUGUCCAUGGAAACUGAUUGAAAGCCAAAAGAUGUAAAGGAAGCACAUUUGUAUAAUGUAUGAAUGUCAAACAGAGCAACUACUUGUUGAAGUUAGAGUAAUCCCGUAGAUCGGCUGUUUUUACAGUUUUUUUAAUCUUGUUUUGGUGGUUCAGUUAGAGUAGUGCUUUCUUUUCUUUUUUUUUGUUGGGUUUAGUUAGAGUAGAGCUCAACGAGCUAACUAGAUUGACUGCCUUUACACUUUUGUAAAAUGUCCCCAUCAAUAAAUUGGACAUUUUUUCAUAUU